CAUAAGAAUCAAAUCUGCAAUGAGAAGAGGUUGUUAGAAAAAAAGAGAAAAGGAAAAGAAAAGCUCAGGCCAUAUGAUUGAUUUUCCACCACUCAAGUAGAGAAUAUUUAAAUAGGGGAGGGGUAUCAAUUGAAUUAGAAUCUCUCAGUGCUAUGUGAACUUUCACUUCCAUUAUCACCGAAUUUCCCAAUACAGAACGUCACUAAGAGAAAGAGAAGUAAAAGAAAACCUCCCCUGUUCAGGCUUGCAGACAGAGAGAAGAUGAAGGCAUCCACUUUCAUGCUUCUGCUAGCAGUCAUGCUUCUGGCUAUCUCACACAUCUGUGUGGUAGCAGAGGACAGAGAACAACAAGUGAAGAAGACUUACAUCAUUCACAUGGACAAGUCCCAAAUGCCGGCAAGUUUUGAGGAUGACCAUUUCCAGUGGUAUGACUCAUCUUUGAAAUCAGUGUCGAAUUCGGCAGACAUGCUUUACACCUACAGAACCAUAAUUCAUGGCUUCUCCACAAGGCUGACUGCUGAGGAAGCUGAGCUGCUUGAAAAGCAGCCAGGAAUUCUCUCUGUUCUACCUGAAAGGAAAUACGAGCUUCAUACAACUCGGACGCCAGAGUUCCUUGGAUUGGGGAAAAACGAAGCCUUCUUGCCAGCAUCAGAUAAAGUGAGUGAGGUGAUUGUUGGAGUCGUUGACACCGGUGUGUGGCCCGAGCUCAAGAGCUACGAUGACACGGGUCUUGCGGCAGUACCAAGUAGCUGGAAAGGGUCGUGUGAGGUGGGAACAAACUUCAGUUCCUCAAGCUGCAACCGGAAACUCAUUGGUGCCAGAUAUUUCUCAAAGGGGUAUGAAGCAGCACUUGGACCCAUCGACGAAAAGACAGAAUCAAAAUCACCAAGAGAUGAUGAUGGCCAUGGAACUCACACCUCAUCCACUGCAGCCGGGUCUGCAGUUCCAGGAGCUAGCCUCUUCAGUUACGCUUCAGGGACAGCACGGGGGAUGGCUCCACAAGCUCGAGUAGCCACAUAUAAGGCGUGCUGGCUCGGUGGUUGUUUCGGUUCUGAUAUCACAGCAGCAAUGGACAAGGCUGUUGAAGAUGGUGUCGACGUUUUAUCUUUGUCUAUUGGGGGAUCACUGUCCGAUUAUUACAGAGACACUGUUGCCAUCGGAGCUUUCUCUGCUGCAGCGCAAGGGAUCCUUGUGUCAUGUUCAGCUGGUAAUGGUGGACCGGAUUCUGGGAGCUUGUCCAAUGUUGCGCCUUGGAUAACCACAGUGGGUGCUGGAACAUUGGACCGCGAUUUCCCAGCUUUUGUUAGCCUCGGAAAUGAAAAGAAAUACAGAGGUAUAUCACUCUAUAGGGGAACAUCCUUAUCUAGUGGAUUACUUCCACUUGUAUAUGCUCGCAAUGCAAGUACCUCCUCAAGUGGUGAGCUAUGCAGUCCUGAAAGUUUGAUACCUGCAAAGGUUGCCGGGAAAAUUGUGGUAUGUGAUCGAGGGGGAACUCCUAGAGUCCAAAAGAGCUUGGUGGUCAAAAAGGCUGGUGGCUUAGGGAUGAUUUUGGCGAACACUGAUACUUACGGAGAAGAACUUGUUGCAGAUGCAUAUCUCUUGCCUACAGCAGCAGUUGGCCAGAAAGCUGGUGAUGCAAUAAAAAGCUAUAUUGCCUCAGGUUCUAAUCCAACAGCCACAAUUGCUCUGGGAGACACAGAGUUAGAUGUGCAACCCUCACCAGUGGUGGCAUCAUUCAGCUCUAGAGGACCAAAUCUCAUCACUCCAGAAAUACUCAAACCAGACUUAAUAGCACCAGGAGUGAACAUCCUUGCUGGGUGGACCGGUGCAGUUGGACCAACUGGACUUCCUGAAGACAAAAGGCGGGUCACCUUCAACAUCAUUUCAGGUACAUCCAUGUCAUGUCCACAUGUGAGUGGUUUGGCCGCCCUCGUCAAGGCAGCUCACCCAGAAUGGAGCCCUGCUGCCAUUAAGUCUGCACUCAUGACCACAUCCUAUACAACUUACAAAACUGGGGAAACAAUCAAAGAUAUAGCAACUGGAAAUCCUGCAACACCGUUCGAUUAUGGUGCUGGGCAUGUGGACCCAGUGGCAGCCCUUGACCCUGGCCUUGUCUAUGAUGCUGCUGUCGAGGACUACCUAAGCUUCCUCUGUGCCUUGAAUUAUACCACAAACCAGAUCAAGCAAACCACUCAUAGAGACUUCACCUGCGAUUCAAGCAAGAAAUACAGCCUUGGAGAUUUAAAUUACCCAUCUUUUGCUGUUCCUCUAGAAACAGCUUCAGGCAAAAGGGGUGGUUCUGGAGCUUCAACCACUGUAAAAUACACACGGACGCUGACCAAUGUGGGUACCCCGGCAAAAUACAAGGUAUCAGUGUCUUCACAGACACCAUCAGUGAAGAUCACGGUUGAACCAGAAUCACUGAGUUUCAGUCAAGCAUACGAGAAGAAAACUUAUACUGUGACUUUUGUUGCUAGUUCUUCACCAUCCGGUACAACUAGCUUUGGUCGGCUGGAAUGGUCUGAUGGGAAACACACAGUAGGUAGUCCUAUUGCUUUCAGCUGGGAAUAAUUUUAACAGCAUUGAAGAACUGAUCUAACUCCAGAUCAGAAUUGUAUGGUUCCUGCAAAAAAAAAAAAACCAAGUGUAUAUCUCUUAGUAUGUUGUGAACUUGUCCUGUAGCUCUCUGGUAUCCUAAGAACUGAGCACAUAUAGCCAGUUGAUGUGUUUCUUUUUUCCACUCUUGAAAUUAAAAGGGAAUGCAAAGAUUGAAAAUUAAUUGUACAGGAAACUGUAUAGACAUGGGGCUUUGAAAAGGAU